GAACCCCGGUUGGCGGGCCAUUGUUUCGUGUUUCCUUUAAAUGAAGAUGAAAUAUAUCAAAACGAAAGCCCAUGUUCGUCUUUCGGAAGCAUUUGUUUGUAAAAGGGAAUGAAGUGAUGUGACACUAGAGCUGUACCUGUCAGCAGAGAUGUGGGACAAAAACUGCGGAUGCUGGAAAUCCAAAACAACCUGGGGCACUAAAAACUACAAAGAAUGGAUGAAAAAAGAAAGAAGUUGGAAAAGCCUUCUCAGAUUAACUCUGAUGCACAAAGCAGUAGCGAUACCAGGGCAGAACAAGUGCCUGAAGCAAAAAGUGAAGCUUUCCACCCCAAAAGAGCUGCUGUGCCAGUAGAAGGACCAAACAAGUGUUACUUAUUGCGAGAGCUCUCUGCAGAGAGAAGAUCCAUUGAGAAAGGAAUGCUGGAUGUUGAUCGACUCAUUCUUAAACUCUUAACGUCUGGCACUUUGGAUUUCAUCUCCUUGAAUAAUAUUACUAGAUAUCCCGUUAGGAAUGACAGGACUCUAGCUCUCCUGGAUCACUUCUUACAAAUAAAUAACAAUGGUAUUUUAAGGCAGUUUGUUUCUCACAUGCGAGACCCAGUGAUACUAAAUGCAGAAGCACUAAACUGGGCUGAGUAUAUGCAGGGAUGCAGUGACAGCUGCUGCAUGUUCUUCAUUAAGAAAUACGCCGAUGUUUUUAAAUAUGUCUUGGAGGAAUACGGCGUGGAACGUUUUGCUGAACACUUUGUGAAAUCAGGAAUGCUGAAGGAAUCAGAGAGCAACGAUUUAUGCAAGUAUAACUAUAAGGAGGGAGCAGAGCGUUUUAUGCACAUCCUGUUCACCAAAAAAACAAUUCUGUGUGUUGCGGACAUGUGGUUUACAUUAGUGGAACAUCAGCAUGAUCUUCCUUACCUAGGACCAUACAUCAACAGUUUCCUGAAAGCGUUUGAUGAACAAACUGGACCCUUCUGCCCACAAUUUGACCCUGAAUUGCCAGUCAAACCACUGUUAAUUAAGAAGUGCUACGUUAAUGUGUAUCGCCUGCUUCAUUUAAUACAUGUGGAAGGCACAGAGGCUGUUCGGAGUAUUUUUGAUGCCCACAUCUCACCAGAGGAAUUGGAAGAAGAAGUUACAAAGAAUAAAGUCUUAAUCAAGAAUCGGCUAGAGGGAACAGAUUUUAGCAGCGUCAGAAAAAAAUGGAUGAAUAUUAUUUAUUCGACAGAGAGCUCAAAAACUUUGCAUUUUACAUUACCUUUGUUUCAGUUUCUUGCUGUGUUUAUGAAGAAGUUUCCCCGUCCCAAAAAAGGCUGGACUGGGAGGCUUGCAAGAUCUGACACUUCCCCAGGAGCGUAUUUGCGGCGGAUUUGUGAAAUGCGAGAUCACCUUUUGAAAGACAUUUUCCGCACGGACCUUACUUAUGAAAAAUUUGACAGAAUAUGGAACGAAGCUGCAGAGAUACUUGUUCACCUUGGAGUCAAUGAUAAGAGACUCCAAGAACUUCGCUUGCAGCCAAUGAAUGUUGUGUUCCUUGACAGGAGAUACAUGGAAAAAUACUUUAAUAAACCACUGUCCCAACUUUUGGAAGAGCUUAUUGCUAGACAUCACAGUGGUAUCAGUUCAAUUUGUGCUUGCUCAUUGGCAGUGGAUCAUUGUGCAGGGCAACAAACCAAAAGGCUUGGGGUAAAAGUGGUUGAUGCUCAAGAAGAGCAGAAGGAAAAGGAGACUUCAGAGGAUGAGUUUGUAAAAACUGUUCCUGCAACAGGAGACUCAAAAUCAAAGAAGAGACGAAAAAGGUCAAGAGGUAAAAAGGGUAAAAAGGCAGAAGCUGCUGCCCAGACACUUCCACAGGAAGCUGAAAUACUCAAGGAACCAAAAAGCUCCCUGACUCAGAGCAAUGGAAUUCCCAAGGAACAGAAUCAGGAACUCACCCAGGAGACUGAAGCUACAGGAAGUGGUUUGAAACCAGCUCAGGGCAUUUUAACAACUGCACCUGAUCUCAAGGAUAAUCAGAGGAUGCCUGCACCUUUCCUAGUUUCUGCUCCUUCUCCAGCUGAAUCCUGUGACUCCAACAAUAGAAGUGAAAAUGAACCUGAAAAUGAGGAGACUAGCCAGAUCAAGAUUUUGGACGGAAUGGUUGAUGCUUGUGUCAACACUGAUGAUGUUGAUUUCAAGGAGACUUUCAAGAAAAUAGAGGAAGAGAGGAAUGGAUUGAUAAGUACCAUCGAAGACCUGCGUGACAGCUGCAAACAAAUAGAAAAUGAAAGUCAUCUUGAAAUUAAAGCAUGGAAACAAAGAAUCCAAGAGAAAGAGAAACAGUGUGAGAGCCUUCAGCAAGAAAUUGUAACCAACCAGCAUCAACUCCAGGAGGAAUCUUGCAAGCUCUUCCAGGAGCAGAAAAAUCAUCAGAUACAGUUAUUGAAAGUCAAAGAACAAAUUAGAGUCAAAAGAUCUCAAUUUGAAAGAUAUGAAAAAUCAGUUAAUGACAAGAAUGAGGAAAUUGUGAAAUUAAAAAAAGAAUUUCAAAAUGAACAAGAACAGUGGCGCCAUGAAAAGCUCCAGCUGGAGGAAGAACUUGCAACUGCACAACAAAAUGAAAUAGAGAGUAUGAGGAAAGCAAUCAGUCAGGAGAGUCUUUUGCUGGAGAUGCGCAGAGAUUUCUUGCUCAGGAACCUGAAGGAUGCCCUGCUGGAGACAGAACAUCAGCUGAGAAUGCUUGGGGAUAAGAUGACGGGGCAGAUUGCUGACCCAUCACAGAUACAGGCUGCUAUAAACAAGUGGGAAGCUGUUGCUGCUGAUCUCAGAAGCAAAAUUGAAUACACAAAGGCAAACUUCAACAAACAUAUCUAUCUGAUCAAGAACGGAGCCAAACUUAGUAAUCUUCCUGCACUCAGCAAUCCUGAACCUCCAACCCCACUCGCUUUGCGCGUUCUGAAAUCUGGAAGGAAAACAAGCUCUCGGUAUUUACCAGGAUCCCAGCAUUCUCUACAAAUGCAUGCUGCAACCACAACUGCUGCUACCACUGCCACUGCAACAUCCAGCCUGUUACAAGAGUGUAGAAACAGAUCGGAAUUAAGCAGUUUUGUUGAUCAAGGCCAAAUUGAACAGGAAUUAUGGAUAGGAAUUGAAAAUCAAAAAGCCUCUAAGCAGUUUGUACAGCAGCAGAGUAUUGAAGAAGACCCUUGCGUCAUUUGCCAUGAGGAACUAGUUCCCCCAAAGGAUUGCUAUGAGCUGGAAUGUAAACAUGUUUUCCACAAAAAGUGUAUUGAUUACUGGCUGAAAGAACAAAGCACAUGUCCUAUUUGCCGGAUUCUUGUACUAAAGCCAGAGGACUAUCCACAGCUUUCAAAAAAAUAAGGUUCUUUCUUUUAAUACUGUUAAACAUUGGACUUUCAAGCAAGAAUAUAAAUAUUGAAUUAUGAAAAGUGCCUAUAUUUAAUAUAAACAAACAGAAUAAUAUUUAAAUACUGAUUGUACAGAACCUCAUGGUUUGAAAUAUUUUGGUGACCUCUGUCCAUGAUGUUCUCUUUGACUGCGGUUAACCCUUAUAACUUCAAUAUCUUUAAAGUUUUGACAUGCGUAUAUAUUUUCAUGUAAUUGCUGUAAAAGUUAUUCAGUUUCUAAUGCCGAAUGUUACAGUGUUGGAAUCAGGAGUGUAAAUAAAUAUUUUUGAUUUGCA